UAAUGUGCACCUGUACUUCCGUCCGGGUGACAACAGUGCGCUUUAAGACAAAUGGUUCCUAUGUGAUCUUGUUGAAACGUACGCAGAAAUCAGCAGCCACUUAAUUAAUUCCAGCAUUAAUUGGUCUAGCUUUGGUACAUUGGGUAUUACAUGCUGGUGUUUCGAUCUUUGAAGUAUUAAUCCUGAAUUUAGUCGUUCCGGUUCAAAUCGCGUUGUGUUAGUUAAAUGUGCGCGCAUGUGAUAAACAGGAGAAGUUGUUUUUGUAAAAAGUUAUGCGUGGGAAAUGUCCGAGAAUCCGCACAAUUAGCUUUCGGCAUAUAGCGAUUCGACCAGAGCCCUGGAUUUUUAAUACUUGCGUGGAAACUGCCACCACUGCUUCUUUAGGGCAAAAUGAAUUGUGCAAAAAAGAAGCAAAGGCAUCUCCUGUUUCUCCUUUCUGGGGUUUUCCUGUGUACCCUCUACCAGCUGACCACCAGUGCCAGACUGUACGAGCCUUUGCCAAUGCCUCAGAUUGGAGAGGAUUUUGGAGAGACUACAGUAGAGACUCAGGGGCUGGAGGAACCUCUCACUGCAACACAUGAGUUAGAGCCCACAGACCAAACAACACCAGAGAUGCAGGUCUCAGGUACAACUUCAGAUUUUAAAGCAUCCACCACUGAAUCUCCACCAUUGCCAGCUACAAACAGAACUCUUGUGCAUUGCAUCUAUGUGGCCCCUGAACCUCCACAGGAGACACCCACACCAGCUCCAGCUCCUCCUGUAACCACCAUCACUCCAGCCUCUCCUGGUGAAGCUCCACAUAUUAAGGGCGAAUACCCUUUAGAUUUAUUUUCUAUCGAAGACCGCAGGCGAGGCUGGGUGAUCCUCCACAUUUUUGGAAUGAUGUACAUGUUCAUUUCACUUGCGAUUGUGUGUGAUGAGUUCUUUGUUCCUGCAUUGUGGGUAAUCAAAGACAAGUUGGCCAUCUCUGACGAUGUAGCAGGAGCCACCUUUAUGGCUGCUGGACGAUCCGCCCCCAAACUUUUCACCUCCUUGAUAGGUGCCUCCAUCGCCCACAGCAACGUGGGUAUUGGUACAAUUGCUGGUUCAGCAGUUUUCAACAUUUUGUGGUUUGUGAUUGGAAUGUGUGCUUUGUUUUCACGGGAGGUUCUUCACCUAACCUGGUGGCCACUUUUCAGAGACGUAUCCUUCUACAUACUUGACCUCAUCUUACUCAUCAUCUUCUUCUUGGAUAAUGUCAUAAUGUGGUGGGAGAGCAUGAUGCUGGUGACCAGUUACACUGUCUAUGUGAUUUUCAUGAAGUUCAAUGUGCAAAUAGAGCAGGCCUUCAAGACCCAACUCCACAAACACAAGAACAUUGUUGUUGCUGUGGAGGAACCUGAAAAGGAGGACGUGCCUGCAGGGGAAGAUCUGUCAGGAGACUCUGAAGAUGCUAUAAGUGAUAAAGGGCGCAAUCACUCCAGUAAAAAUGAAGAUGCUGAUGAGAAUAAAGAAAAAGAAGAAGAGCGAAAGGAUAAGCCGCUGUCUUUGGAGUGGCCUGACACACGACGUAAACAAGCCACCUACCUCUUCCUGCUGCCCAUAAUAUUCCCUCUGUGGCUCACAGUUCCAGAUGUCCGCAACCAGGUGGGUAGACCAUCCGGUAUCUCAGAGGAAAUAAUGGGCCUUAAUAUCCCUGGCUGCAGACCGUCUCCCGACUCAUUACCAGUGGUUGUGGCUCGUAAAGGCCUCGGACAUGCUGUGUCCAGCUCUGUUGGCGAUUACAUCUUCGAUAUCACUGUGGGUCUGCCAGUCCCGUGGCUCCUGUACUCAUCCAUCCACGGUUUGGCUCCAGUGGCUGUCAGCAGCAAUGGGCUCUUCUGUGCUAUCGUGCUGCUCUUCAUCAUGCUCCUCUUUGUCAUCGUCUCCAUUGCAUCCUGUAAGUGGAAGAUGAACAAGGCACUGGGUUUAACCAUGUUCCUGCUAUACUUUAUCUUCCUGGUGCUUAGCGUGAUGCUGGAGGAUCGCAUCAUUAUCUGCCCUGUUUCCAUCUGA